UCGGUCAGUCAGUCAACAGUGCGCAUAUGGAAUAAUCCUUCAAGAGCAGCCUGCUCCACUGCUCCAUUUCCACGGAAGUGCAGUGCGCAUAGCAUCACGGCUGGAGAAGGAAUGGAAGCGUCAAAGAAAAGUAGAGGCAAAUUAAAUUGCUUCUUCACGGACAAGAUCCUAAGGCUACAUGACAGAACAAACCAAACGAUACUGUAUCGAUAUGUGUCGGGGGACAAUGAAUAUAACCGAAGAAUUCUGCGUCAAAGUGUUCCGAUAGGGCGCUGGACCGAGUCGCACCAUGAAGACCCAGAAGGCCGGGGGCCCAACGCCAAGCUCUCCUUCCCCACGCCAACGGAUGUCUGGUUUCAGCCUGCGGGGCCGGAAGAAGAAGGAUGGCCUGAUCCAAGGCAAGCUGCGGAUCCGCUCUGUGCCAGGAGCCUUCCUAGUGCUGGGGGUCAUUGUGGUGGUGGUGGGCACGGCUCUGGCAGUGGCUGGGUACUGGCCCUACCGGUCCCACCGAUCAUCACAGCUCCUUGGACUUGGACAACAAGGCUCUGGUUCUGUGGACAGAGCAGCAGGAGGUAGAGGUAAGGGUGUCUCUGAGCCCCAGUCAUCCGGUUGGAACCUGGGGGCUAAGAGACUCCUGACCACGGCCAGUCUGAUCCACAGUGAGCGGAUGAAGCUCCUAGGACCAGUCAUCAUGGGCGUGGGGCUGUUCAUCCUCAUCUGUGCCAACACGGUGCUGUACGAGAACCGCGACAGAGAGACCCAGAUGCUGCUGGCCCAGAUGCAGAGCGUCAUCUGUUCGGUGUCGGCGGCCGUGCCCUCGGCCGACCUCUCAGACAUGUCAGCAGCCAACUCCAUGGCCAGACACUACCAGUGGGUGAGCAGUCUGCCUGCCACCCACCUUAACAUCCUCUGUCUGCAGCAGCUGGCCAGCUCAGAGCCCCUGCUGCAGACGACCACAGACAGCAGAGAGGAGGAGGAGAGGGCUGACUAUACGUACCAGCAGGCCACCGUACAGACGGAGGCUCUACACCACCAGGAGUCAGCCUCCACCCCUUCCCUCCACUCCUCCCAUUCCAACUCCUGCAACUCCAGCAAGAUGGACUUCAACACACUGUGGGGCGGUGGUGAGCCAGGCGUAGGGGGCUCCAGCCCAGACCCCCAGCCCGCUCACCUCUUUAAGCUCCACAACUGUCUGGUGUCAGCCAGCUCCAUGUCCACUCUGGGAGGGGACGACUGGGAGAGGUCGGAGGUCACAGCCAUGCUUCCCAGGCGCUCCUACAGUCUUAGCUACAGGACUAACCCAGGCCCCCACGGGCCCCAGACUGUAAUACAUCUACAGGAAGGGGCCAUGCGACCCGGGGGACCUGGGGCAGACCCACAGAUAGUGCAGCACAAGCCCACGCGGAGGGAGCGCAGCUUGGAUGUGUGUGUGAACAUGGUUGGAUGUGUGGAGACCCCGGAGCUCACCCCCGUAGAGGAACAGAAGCAUCGCAGCUGGCCCCGGUUAGACCUGGGCUGUGCCCGCAGGUACCUGAAGCUGGACAAUAAGGAGGACUCGGUGGACAGACUGCUAGACCAGUUGGAGCAGCAGUGUUCUCAGUGGGAUAAGAGUUUCGGCUCAGGGCCUUUCCAAUGAGACCCAGUAAGGGCCCCAUAUCUUAAUAUGGCCCAUUAUCUCAAUAUGGCCCAUUAUCUCAAUAUGGCCCCAUAUCAGAGUCCUCUGUCUGUUUUUUAACAGCAGCUCAUAAAGAAAGAUCCUCAUGGAUGCUGAUAUAUCGACGUCCAGGAGUAGGAGCUUUUUCCAGUGGAUUAUAAUUGUCCCCUGUUUUCACUGACUCCUGAAACCGAGAAACUCUUUUAUGUACAACACCAAAUUCCUCUCCACAGUGUCGAGCAGCUUCCAAAUCUGAAGAGACAAACCUUUUAGAAACCUUGUUUCUCGGACUUCCCAUGACGUGGAUAUAUAAACACAAGUGUUGGAGGACUGCAGACCAAUGGGAUCAGUUUGGCAGACAUUCUGUUUUAAGAGGGGAACGAUACACACACUGUCAAAGAUACGUUGGAGACAUUUCCCAGUCUGUUUACUGGGUGGCAGUUAGGCUUGACACUUGGCAACACUGAAGGAAUCAAUUUGUCUUUCAUUGCCAAGGCAUUGCUUGUUUCCAGGAAACAACAAGCACAUCCGAAUGUGGGAGGUGGAAAACGCAUUCUAACGAGGGACUGUCUUCACUGUGUAAUCUAUUUAAAAACCAAACUACUCAAAUCUGUCGGCGAGCCUCAGAUGUGCUUCUGAUAACAGCGAGUACAAUAAAACACCUGUUCCAUAGACCAAAACAAGUGCAUGAUGAUAGAGAUGUCAUGUGUAAUCUACAUCUACAUAGUUAUGCAGAAUAAUGCUUUAAUUGGCUGUGGAUCAGAUAAACACAUAGUUAAUGAUUGGUUGAUAACACAUUAUUUGAAGGUUACCUACAUAAAGACUUCAUAACCCAUUCAUAAGCAGUACAUAAGCAUCGAUUAAGUAUUAUGUAGGGCUUAUGAAUGGGUUAUGUAGGGUUUAUGAAUGGGUUAUGUAGGGCUUAUGAAUGGGUAAUAAAUCCCUUCACGUA